AUAAGCAGAACAAUGAUUAGACGUUACUUGCUGCCUGUCUGAUUUCUGUUCCCUGCGAUAUCUCACCAGAUGACCCAUUUAGUUCCAGGUGAAGGUGUAGAAUACUGAUAAGUGUCAAGUGAUACCCCCGGUCAUAAGAUAAUGCCUAACAAUUCUGGUGUCAGAAAUGGGAUUCACACAGGAGCUGAGCUGAGGAAUGAAUUGUCUGCUGCUAGGAAUAAACUUGUUGUUGUAUAUUUUUCAUCUGGAAAAUGUGGACCAUGUAGACUAACAACACCUUUUCUCAAUAACCUAGAACCACAGAUGCCAGAUGUGGUCUUUAUUAAUGUUGAUACCAACGAAUCUGAGGAUUUUAUUGAGCAUUUCGAGAUCAAGGGAAUACCAGCAUUUUUCUUUUUUAGGAAAACUACAUUGGUAUAUAAAUUCGAAGGAGCAAAUACACAAUUCCUAGAAGCCCGAAUCAAUGAACUACGACAUAUUAGCUAAUUCGUCUAUUUCAUAUUUGACAUUGUUCAAUAAUGGUUGGCCUUUUAAUAAUGACAAUGUGCAGAAAUAGACCUGUACUAUUCACACACGGCAUCCCCUUAUUUUGGAAUGAAUUGAAAAUAAAGUUUUUAUUACUGGUAAAAUGUAUUAUGCUUAAAAAGCUGUAUUUUUCAUCACAAUAAAGGACUCAGCUAUCUUGUUUCUGA